AAAUUGCGUAUUUCCUCGAGAAUAGCCCAGCACUAAGUUUAGCACAUAAUCGAGAUGUGAUGCGGAGGCACUUGGAGGGGACAUAUUCCACCCUGAAAUUCUGGGGUCAGCCGCAGCACGUUGCCAAUGCUGGUGUGCUCCACUCCGUCUACGGCGCUGGAGGGCAAUUUCGCUACAAAAUUCUCGGGUCAGGUAGUCGCGAUUCUUUGAUACCACUGUCUUUUACAUCAAGGGAUGCAUCUCCCCGAAUCACAGAUGGCGGGUCUACUGUUGCUGCAGCGAGGGAAAACACAGAAGAUGAGGACCUGCCACAACAUUGUUAUCCAAAGCGUGAUGAUUACACUCUGCCCGACGGCAUCAUCUUUCUUCAUGGAGAAACAAGUAAUGCUGAGAAUACAGCACGACAACUGUACUACGCAGAGGAUUUGCGGCCUAGUGCAGCGAUCGAGUGUCACGAUGAAUUGGCUGAAGAGGAAGUGCCUCGACAGUUUCGGAAGUUAGUCUCGUCUCUCGUAGGCUCUGCUGCUGAGCGACUCAUCUAUCUUUACUCGGUGAUUGAUUUCGCAUCUGUCGUCGAAGAAGUGCACUCAGCGGGUUCCCGUGGUUUUCUGGAAUCUUCCAGUUUAUACGUCAAAAGCUGGCGGGGACGGAACCGUGAUACGACCGGUCGCGAUUUUUCACGUAGCACUUCUACUGGCCGCGUAGACUCAUCGUCUGGAGAGAAGGUAAACCCGUACAAGCGUUACUACCUAUUGGAUAAGCGCGAUAUGGUGUCUUUGAUUAUCGUCGCAAUGGCGGACACCAUGGAUCAGGCGAAUGAUCGUUGCGGGUGGUGCGAGUGGCUACGACCUUACUCGGAAACGCUUGCAGUGCCGCAGCGUGCAGCGGGUAAGCGCGGAGAUCCGAUAGAUCUUCGGGACAGAAGCCACGACGGUAUUCCUGACAUCAAAAACGACACCAAUGACAGAUUCUGGCCCGGCAGUUCACGACCUCCAAUUCACCUUUUUCCGCAGGCACGUAUGGGACAGAUUCUGCGAAAAUACGGCGCUUUUCAUCGCUACGAGGAUGUAAAACUGAACCAGGAUGAAAAUACUUUCGCAAUGACUUCUCCUACUCCUCUGACGGAAUCAUCUUCGGGUAUAAUGCCUAAAGAUAACGCAGUCGCAGCACAAGUACAAGGUAAACACUUCCUACCAUCGGUAUUUGGUUUUUGUUCCUUGUUCACGGACCUAAGCGAAGAACGCGAACGGCGUGCGAGAAAUCUCCUGUGGGAGGUGAUGCAGAGAACUGCAAACGACGACGACAAAGCAAUAGCAGCGGAUGCUCAUGGAGGAUCAGACAGCUUCGUUCGAGGCAACGAUGGUUCUCACAACGUAGCUGCAGCAGGCGUAAGAGAUGGUGACGAGAAAGAUAUUAAAGUACAUCGAGUAGAAGUAAGCCUACGCCUACCACCACAACAAACAUCAGGGCUACGAUCGGACGUUGAUGAUGUUGCUGCGUCAUCCGCUUCCACAUCAGUGAAAGCGAGACAUGAACAAGCUGGGAACAAAGAUCCCACCAGCAGCGGAGAAGGCACCAUCAUCGAGGAUGAGAAGGAAAGUUCAUUUCAUCCUUCACAAACGCAAAAACAGCUCCUCGAAAUCGUAGAACUCAAUCCUUUUCUCGGAGAGCCAUGGUUACUACUUGCGCAGAGCUUUUUCAAGCACGGGUACUUUCUUUUGGCUUUUUUUGCUAGUAGCACCGCACUUGAGAACAUGAUCUUCAUGGGUACCGCUUAUCUCAAAACUUUCUCCUUUGCGACGUGGCUGUCAGCUGCUCGGGUACUUCGUGCCAAAAGUAGGAAUCUGCUCAGUGCGGCCGCUGGGGGGGAAGCUCAACCACGACUCGAUGUUGCACACGCAACCGGAACCGCGUCUGCUCUCGAUAAAGUCGCUGAUCAGUUUGCAGCGGACGAGGAAGAAUUUCUUUUCUCUCGGACGGAAAAAACUGAUGGUGAUGAUAAAGAGCUGCAUCGCUCGCAGGCGUCUCGCAGAAAAAGCAUUUUUGGAACUACGUCGCCAGAUGCACAUACAAGUCAACAUGAAGCACGCUCUAAUGAGCAUAUCAUAAAUUUGCAAACGGGCUUUCCUGAAGAUGCUGAUGGCCUUGUCGAUCUGAGUGUUUUCGGUUUUUAAACGCAAAGGCAAACAUAAAGAAGGCUACUUGAUAUUCCACCUGAAUAAAUUGACUUGGCAUUGGACAUGGACUUAAUGAAUAUUAUAUAACUCGUCUCAGACUCAGACAUUUUUUUCGCCUGAGACGAGAUCGAGAGAACAAGCGACUACAGACAAACGGGUACUGUUGUAGUAAUUUGGAGUGACCUAAAAGAGUAGAAGUGU